AAUUUAAUAUAAUUCAAUAAAACACGGUUUUGAAUAACCGAAAUGACGUUUAUAUUUGAGGUAAUCGUCCACUGGAGUGUUUUUAUGGGAUUAUCCAGCUUUAAUAAGCUUUUUUUGUUUUUGGUCACCCCGCGUGCUACUCAGAAUGGUACAGUCCGUCAAACCUGAACAGGAAGAGGAUACGGGUCAGGAGGACGAAGCUUCGGGAUCAUUAUCGUUCAUUUUUGACAUGUCCCGGGUUAACCUCCACCAGGUCUUGGUGAUACUUGAAGAAACAGCCAUCACUUCAACGUCACAGUCCGCCUCAGCCAGUUCCCUCACCCAUCGUGUAAGUGGCUGUUCAAUGCCUAAUACAUCAGAAGGUCAAGGAGCAAACCUAUCAGGGCCAGCAGAACCGCCAGGGGUGCAAAGGACCACUGAUGGGGAGGAGGAACGUGGUCUGAUCGGCUCCCCCGCCCGGGACGCUGCCAGAGUAAGGAGGGCUUCGAGCGCCGAGCUCCACCUGCCGUGGACCUGCCCGGUCACACACUCCCGGGAGAAGUUCUACACAGUCUGCUCAGAUUAUGCUCUUCUCAACCAGGCUGCUUCGGUGUACUGUCCCCCAAACACAGGCCGGGACGUGGUCCAGAAUAAGCAGGAUGAUGGGCCCCCGCUGGUGAGGCCUAAACAGUCAGAUGACUUCAGCGCUGGUCAAACUGGAGGGGCCCAUGUGGGAUCAGACGUGGACUGUGACAUGGAGGAAGUGUCCUCUGGCAACACUAAGCCUAUUUUGGCCUGGGAGAUUGAUACAUCAGACUUUGACGCUGUGCUUACUAGAAAAACAAGAACAAGCAACAUGAAGAAAUGCAGCGCCAAGAAGAUGAAGUCAUCGGACAGACCCAGCCGAAAUCUGCAAGAUGUUCCUUCUCAUGCCUCACUGGAGGAGAUCAAACAGAGAAAAGUGCUCGACCUCAGAAGAUGGUAUUGCAUCAGUCGGCCUCAGUACAAGACUUCAUGUGGAAUCUCUUCUUUGGUGUCCUGCUGGAACUUCUUAUACAGCACUUUGGGUGCAGGAAGUCUUCCACCCAUCUCUCAGGAGGAGGCUCUGCAUAUUCUGGGGUUUCAGCCGCCUUUUGAAGAAAUCAAGUUUGGUCCUUUCACUGGAAACGCUACUCUAAUGCGGUGGUUCAGACAAAUCAACGACAAUUUCCGAGUGCGAGGCUGCUCCUACAUUCUGUACAAACCACACGGAAAACACAAGACAGCAGGAGAAACAGCUGAAGGAGCGUUGAUGAAACUAACACAAGGGCUGAAGGAUGAGUCUAUGGCCUACAUUUACCACUGCCAGAACCACUACUUCUGCCCAGUGGGCUUCGAAGCCACGCCACUCAAAGCGGCAAAGGCUUAUAGGGGCCCUCUACCCACUAAUGAAACGGAGCACUGGAUCCUAAUUGGUGAACCCAGUAGGAAACACCCAGCUAUUCACUGUAAAAAAUGGCUGGACAUUGUGACUGACCUCAACACACAAAAUCCCGAAUACCUGGACAUCCGUCACACCGAGAGGGGGAUUCAACGCCGCAAAACCAAAAAGGUGGGUGGCAACCUGCACUGCAUCAUGGCCUUCCAGAGGGUGAACUGGCAGAAGCUCGGCCCCUGGGCAAUGAAUUUGGAGAACCUGCGCCAGGACUUCCACCACACCAGCACGGAGCGGGCCCACGGACGCGUCUCAGAGGACACAGAGGAGAGGGCGUCGACCAAGCGCCUGGCCCACCUGGGACGCUCACACAGCAUGGGAAGUCAGAAAGACACCAGCUGGAAACGCUUGUCCAACACUACAGAGUACAGACAGAAGAGCUCCCCCGACAGCAAUCUCGAAGAAGACAUCACAGACUGAAAAGGUUUAUUUGGACAUACAGGGGGAGGACACAAAACACACAUUAUAACACAGUACAGUAGCCUUAAGAUAGUUUUGAAGAGCAAGUCUGGUGGUGUUCUGUAUUUUACUAUCAACAAAUGUCAAACAGAAAAAGACCAAAACCAUGUGUGAGCCCAUCCGUCCUCUCUACCCUGUCUGUGGCACUUCACUCCAAACCCAUCGGUUCCUACUGAAGACAUAAAUCUUUAAAAAAUGCAUCACAAAAAUAAGGUUUCUUUUUUUUUUUUUUAAAGGCUAAAUAAUGUCCUGACAGAGCUGGGCAUUGUAGUUUUUAACAAAUAACAUAUAACAUUCGAAGAGGAGUAAAUUGUGAAUUUGUAAUUUGUAUUUUCAGCGGAUUAAUACACAAUUAGUGCUCUACUGAGUAUUUCCUGCAGCAUAAUGGUUUGUGGAAAUAUCUCAAAAUAAACAACAUGGAGCAUGUUCAUCAUAAUUUAGGAACAUGUUGCCCAGUGCAACAGUGUGGCUCACUGAUGUGUUCUUAAUAUAUCUGGACAAUAAUAGAGCUCUAUGGUGCAGAGGAAUAAGAGAUACCAGGCUCUGGAUACACAUGCAAUACUUGUUAUUGGGAUACAUUCAUUGUUGGUUGUGGUCUUUUCAUGGGAUUUGUUAAGAGAAACAAGAAAAAUAUUGAAUAUUACCCGACUUUUCCUUUAAUACUGGUGAAUUAAUGUCAGAUUUAGAUUCAACUCAGCUGUCAUUUUGAGGCCGUAACACAGUUUGCAGUGCUUUGAAUCAAAUAUUCUGUUGAAGAUACUGUUGGUGAGGGUCUGUCUACUGUUCCUCUUUGUCCUCAUGAUUUUUUUUAAACACUUUUUUUUGCCACAUUUACAUCAUUUAGCAAUGUCUAGACUGCUACUGAUGCACCAGCAACUACUAAAAAUCACAAUUACACAGGCAGCUACACGUGAGCCAUAAUAAAUUGAUUAUUAUUUAGCAGUGAGUGACAGUUUUAUUAGUGACUGUUACUGUUUUUGUAUGUCGACUUUCGAGGCAGCAUAUGACACCUUGGAGGCACACGGAGGACAGAUAGUCACUGUCUGGAUUGCUUGAGCAUCAGUUUCAAACAGUAAAGUCUUAAAAAUCAUGAUGACAUACUUCGUUGAUACAGGGGGACACCCGUCUUUACAGGACAUUUUCUGAACAAAACAUAAAACUAUGGCCUCAGAAAUGAAGUUGAGUGAAUCCACACUUCUCACAGUUUAAGAACGGAAGGGCAACAUGAGUGUCAAAGAGCAACCGCACUGAAAGGUGUUUUCAUUUAUUUUGUGCACCCAUGUAUUUAAACCAAAAGUGGGAGGUUAGGUGUUCUUACAUGUUACAGUCACACUACAGGAUUAUUUUCAUUUCUUCCUAAUACUAACCAAACACAUUUCUCUGAAUUUAAUUAUGUUUAUCUCACAUCAUCUUUAACGCACUGCAUUGAUACUGUAAGAGUGUACAUUAUAUUCAACUAGUGCUGUCUAGGAAACACGACAGUGACGCAUUAGCUGUAAAUUCUGUUCAAAGAUGACACACCUCCAUACUUCAUUGUCCAGGUACAGUAAGUGGUUAGUUCAGUGGAAAUGCUGUCCAGUCAAAGUGUUGUGCAAGCAGCUGACAUUUUGUUGUGCUUUGUGAAACCUACAGUAAGACUGUUGAGUAGAUGAUCCCAGUUUUUAAAAGACAGGCACUGUACAGAAGUGAUAGUGGAAUCCCUUAUUCACCCAAAAACAAAAUGUGAACCAGAGAAAGUGAAGACGGUGUGGUUUA